AUGGACAUCGGCCAUGGGGGCCUGCGCCGACAGGCCUUCUCGAAGCUUGCAACGCUCUCGACUCAUCGAUCUCCUACCAAAGAAGCGGACUUCCGACGCCUGACCUCGUCCAUCGCUCCCGCGCGGCCUCAAGCGAAUGGUGUCCUCGAUGGUGUCUUUCGUGCCAUCGCGCCCACGUCUCGGACGCCCAUGAGUCUUCGGGAGCUCGAUGUCCUGCUGGCUCUCUGCGCCAGUGCACACGAAUUGCACGACCUCUCCCAAGCGGAGCGCCUUGUCAAGCAGUUGGCAGAGUAUCUACCCGAGGCGCACUCACAGUUGUUCGCGUCAUCACCAUUUGUCCACGAGAUUCGCCCUGCGCCAUGGACUGCUCUGACGUUCCAGCUUACCAAAGCCCUCCUCGUGCUGGGACUCAGAUUUCGUCCCCUGAAAGAGACCAUCUCAUACAGUAUCAAAUCAUACCUCCACAACUGGGCCCAGUCGGCUGCUGCAGUCGCAUCCAUCGGAGUACGGGACCAAGAUGAAGAGGACGAAUUUGAGGCUCAGGAGACCACCGCCAUCACCGUAUCGCUGGUCGGCUUCUUGGACGCCGCGGCAUCACACGAGAACUUCUGGUCAUCUUACGAACGGCUGGAGCUGAUCCGCACUUUGAAGGGGUCCCUCUCAGAGGAUUUCUUGAUCGCCAUUGAGACCGCAUCUUCUGCAAUUCGGCACUCUACAUCAUUCGAUCCUAGUAGCAGAGACUGGAAGAAGUAUCUCAAACGGUUCGCCGCUCAGGGGAUUCCGGUAGGAGCAAUGAUGUUGCAAAAGGGAUUCAUGAAGCUCGUUCUCGCAUGUACUGCCAGAAUGAUCUGCGACGAGCACACAGUGCAAUGCGGAGACAUACUUGACCAAUUCAUUGCUGGCACCCACAUGAAGACCGCCAGAGACGACAGUAUCACCGAAGACAUGAUUGAGUAUCUGACCAAAAUCAGUAGUGAUCAGAUCCGUACAUUGGAGGACGGCUCAGAUUAUCUGCAGCUGGGUUCUGCCUGGCAACAACGGCUCGCAUUUUCCGUCAAGGCAUACGCCUUGGAGGCUUUCUUGCAUUGCAUGGUUCUCGAUGACGAUAUUGCUGAUCCGGAUGACCUCUUUGGCUGGCUGGAGGAUUCCAUUGCCAAUCAGGUUCAGAUGGCUGACGUUGAGCUGGCCGACGUGGUCUUGAAGAGUCUGGCGGUUGUGGCAAAGCACAUGCCGGAAGGGGUGUCUAACUUUGCUCGCAUUCUGUUACGCUUCAUCGUGCAGGGCACAUCAGCUCCCUCUGCUGUGACAAUGGCCGCACAAAGCCUGUCUCACGUACUGCGGAUGUUGUCGCAGGAUGCCAUUAUUACCACGAUCUAUUCACUUGGCAAUGUCCUCAGCUCACAGACAGGGGCGGAAAAGGUACAUCAUCCAUUUGGUAUUUCAGAGUUCAACGGUCAUCAUGGGUCGAUGUCCUCCGUCUCGAAACUGCGGACGGGGAGUGUCAUCUCUCUAUCGUUGAGUGGGGAGGAAGAGACCUCGUUAGUCUGUGGCAAUGUUGCACAUGCUAUAGUGGUCAUAGCCACCGAAUGCAAGGACAGCAAGAUCUUGGCUCUUGUGCAGACCAUGAUGUUGCAGAAGGUUGGAAGGAUCAGCCUGCUGGUCGAUGCUCGGAUCAUCGAAGGGGCUGCCAAACUUGCUGUGCAUGGCAAAGAGAACGAGCUGAAGGCAUUGCUAAGACUCUACGCCCGCUUGCACCAGGAGGCUGUGGCCCAUGACAACAUGGUCAUCUUUGAAGCCGUCCGCAAGGCUGAGGAAUAUCUGGCCAUGAACUUGGACAAUCAGUCCCCUUUGUUCAAGAUCUACGCGAUGCAACUACUAGAAAGAAUCCUUAGCAAAGGGGAUGUUGUGGAAGGUGAGUUCAAGCAAUCGGCCGAAGUCGAACAAGCGGCCAAAGAGAUCGCUCCUCUUCUUAAACCCCUGUCGAUACUGGCCACUCGAAAGCCGGCUUUGACUCUCGAAGACACCGUGGCGGAGGAUGCCGAUAUCUUGUCCAUGGCCCGGGAAAUCUGGUAUAAUGUUGCUGUUCAUGGAAUCACCCUACAGUCGCGCAUUGGACAACAGUAUUAUCACGAACUCCGCUUGUUGGCUGUCAACUCUUUGCCACUUGUCGACGAGGACCGUGCCGAACUUCUGGAGUCUGACGUUGAGCUGAACACGGUGCUUCGAAGGGGAAUGAGUCCGCAGCACACGGCCGAGCAGAGAAAGAACCUAAUCGCCGUGAUACCGGACAGAGAACCUGACGUGCGCCAACUGAGCUAUCAGAAAGUCGUCUUCCUGAAUGCAGUGUUCUUAGUGGAGAGUCUGCGCGCGGCGUCUGGCAGCUGUGCCGAAAUCCUUGACUACUUCCAAGAUCCCACAACGCAGACAAGCCAUAUGGGUUCUUGCAUGAGCUCAGUCGCGAGCGAGGUUGUCAAAAGAUAUACCCAGAAAGUGGUCGUCGCAAAGGAAGUCGAAUUCAGUGCACCAUAUGUGUCCCGACAGCUUGCCCGGGUUUUCAGUGGUUGUUGUCACAGGAGUAGCAAAAUGCAAGAAGUCGCCAGAGCAACAGCCAACCAUCUCGUCACAUUCGCCCCUUCGGCGUUAUGUCAGAAGUCGGCUCUGUUCGCCCUGCUUGAACUGUUGUCUCUUAUGUGGUCGAGCUGUCUCGACGCCGAAGUGGCCGAGUACGAGUGGCGUCCAAUGCUUACUUCCACGCGAGGGAAGGUCACUAUCGAACUCUCCGAUGACUAUGCCUUUCGCAAACGUACUUUGAACAGCCUCCACAGCGAUGCCAGGAAGUGGGUUAUGACGCUGAUGAACGUUGCUCCACUGGAUGUUAAAGGUCUUCUACAAACUUAUCUCUCCCAGUUUGACGAUACCGGCUCCUAUGGCCACGCCUCACUGGGUCGAUCGUUUGCUCUAGAGAUGGGGUCUGUGAUACCCUCGCUGGAUCACCGGUUGGCUGCACUUGACAGGCAACGAGAAGCAGUUGACAUCAAUAUGGCCUCGGACUUCAUGGCUCAGUAUACCACCCGGCAGGAGUAUCGGUUCGCCGGUAUUCCUGAACACCAACGAGGGAAUGCUCACCUGGACAAGUCCACUGGGCGCAGAUCAUCCUUCGGUCGGACAACCAUUGACAGUCGGGCGAUGUUGCUCGAUGCUCUUGUGAAUCUCCAUGAGAGGAUUUGCCAGCGCACGACAGUUCCGCUUUCCGAGGUUAAGGAUCUUCUUCGCAACGCAGCAGCUCUUCUGUGCCAGAGCAAGAAGUCGCAGACAGCCAUUGUCUAUCAUUUAGUGCACAUACCUUGUGAUAUUUUCACCAAGGAGUCAGUGAAACUCGGCAUUUCUCUGUGGCUAGGAGUCAUCCAUGAGAACCCUAGAAUGGAACCCAGGAUACUGACGGAAAUCGCGCAAGCCUGGGAAAAGACCAUUGAUCGCAAGCAAGGGAUUUUCAGUCCUACGUUUCGACACGCGGAUCCGUUCUAUGUGAAGGAGGAGUUUGCCCCAUCCGACCGGGCUGCCCUUCUGAAGCAGGCACAAGCCGCUCACAACACCAUCUCCCCACAUUUCAGGUUGGUUCAGUUCUUCGAAAGUCACGUCAAUGCCAUCCGACUCGGAAGUGCCAACACUCAGCGGACGUUUAUACGAUUGUUCGAGCGCACUUUGCGUGGCUUCACUCAAAUCAAAGGGCAUCCGCUGCUCCGAGAGAUCCAGUUCCAGGUCGUUUGUGCUGCGCUCCGAGUUUUGCAAUUCAGCACAUGCAUCAACAAACUCACCAUGUGGAAACUGAAGGAUUUGAUCCUUUCUGUUGGCCUUCAGUGGUUCGCAAAUCCACCUGCUUGGUCCUUUGGCGGAAAUCGUUUGCAAAUCAAGGCAGAGAUCCAGGUCAUGCACGAUGUCAUUGGCCUCCUGCAAAGCACCAGCAACCCCAUCUUCGCAGCUUCGGCCACUAGAAAAGACUCUCGACAAAAGCAUGAUCUCCUGGAGGCUCUGCUCAUCAAUGAGAUCACCCGGCUCAACGUAUGGCUUGCACCGCUUGCCCAACAAGGACACCAUAUCGGUCCUCACAUUGGCCACCAUCAUAGUCAAUCCGAUGUCCAAAUAAGCGGAUAUGCUCGUGCAGCGUGGGCGGAGAAUCCAUCCCUGGCCAUCCAGCUCGUCACGCGGUUCGCGGAUGAAAAUCUUCGUCGCAAUGUCCGCUUCCUUCUGACCAACUUUUCGGAACGGGCUUUGGGCGAGGCUAAUGCGCUUGAUCUGCUACUUGGGGAUGCACUACCGUCCGAUGUGUCGUUCCAGCUGAAGUAUCUACUGUACUGGAGCCCAGUCAAUCCCAUGCAGGCAGUGACAUACUUCCUGCCGGCCUUUGGAAGCCAUCCAUUCGUGCUCCAGUAUGCGAUGAGGGCGCUCGAGAGUCACUCGAUUGAUGUGACAUUCUUUUACGUGCCUCAGAUCGUGCAGGCGUUACGCUACGAUACCCUGGGCUACGUUGAGCGGUAUAUCGUCGAGACCGGGAAGUUCUCGCAGCUCUUCGCCCAUCAGAUCAUCUGGAACAUGAAGGCCAAUGCAUACAAGGACGAAGAGUCCCAAGUGCCAGACCCUAUCAAGCCAACGCUAGAUAAGGUGACAGACAGUCUGAUUUCCAGCUUCUCGAGCUCCGACCGAGAUUUCUAUGAGCGGGAGUUCGAAUUCUUCUCUGAGGUGACUGAUAUCUCUGGAAAGCUGAAACCGUACAUCAAGAAGAGUAAACCGGAGAAGAAGGCCAAGAUCGAAGAAGAACUUCGUAAAAUCAAGGUGGAAGUCGGAGUUUACCUUCCCAGCAACCCCGAUGGUGUCGUCGUCGGCAUAGACCGGAAGUCUGGAAAGCCAUUGCAAUCCCAUGCCAAAGCGCCUUACAUGGCGACAUUUAGGAUCCGCAAGAAGAGGGACACGUCUGAGGAAGAGCUGAACAACAUGAUCCAAGCAGUCCCCAAGACCCGGCCGAAUCUUCGCUACGGCCACAGCCGAAACAACACUAGCGACGGCGCUAGCCAAGAAUUGACCGAGUCCAGCCCCGGGACCUACGAGGUUUGGCAGAGCGCGAUCUUCAAGGUCGGCGAUGAUUGUCGUCAAGACGUGCUUGCCCUACAGAUGAUUGCGGCAUUCCGCGGCAUUUUCAAUUCUGUCGGGUUGGACGUGUAUGUGUUUCCGUACCGCGUCACCGCAACAGCCCCCGGCUGCGGGGUCAUUGAUGUCCUGCCCAACUCGAUCAGUCGGGACAUGCUGGGCCGUGAAGCGGUGAACGGACUCCACGACUACUUCAUCACCAAAUACGGCGGCGAGCACUCUGUCCGGUACCAAGAAGCCAGAAGCGAAUUCGUCAAGAGCAUGGCCGCCUACUCGGUGAUCAGUUACCUGCUUCAGUUCAAGGACCGCCACAACGGGAACAUCAUGGUGGACGACAAGGGCCAUAUUCUGCACAUCGACUUUGGAUUCUGUUUCGACAUUGCCCCCGGAGGCGUCAAGUUCGAGCGAGCUCCGUUCAAGCUGACGCCGGAGAUGAUUGCCGUCAUGGGCGGCGACGAUCCCAACACUUCCCAGUCGUAUCGGUGGUUCGAAGAGCUCACCAUCAAGGCUUUCCUGUGCAGUCGCCAGUAUUGCGACAAGUUGAGCCAUAUUGUGGCUUUGAUGCUGGAUAGCGGACUGCCGUGCUUCAAGCCGGAGACGAUGCGCAACUUCAAGAACCGCUUUGUGCUGGACAGGACGGAGCGCGAAGCGGCCGAGUUCAUGCUCGGCUGUAUCAAGAAGAGCGCGGCCAAUGUCACCACCAAGGUCUAUGACGAGUUCCAGCUGUUGACUAACGGUAUUCCUUAUUAG